GAAAGGGACCCGUUGGCUCUCCCCCCCUCCCUUUCCCCGCCCUGAACCCCCCUCCUGGCUCGCCGGGAAUUAGUCCCCGUGGAGUUUCUCCUCCGCCUUGCCGCCGUGUCCUUGGUCCUCGGUCUGGUGGAAGUCACUGCCCUCGAGGAGGAGGCAGCGGCAGCCGCCCUCGCCUCGCCGCCCCCGGUUCGGUGCCCGCGGUCCCGGAGAGGAGGUGCCGCCGCCACCGCCGCUCCCCCCCUCCCGCUGCCCUCGGGCCGGGCUGGGUCGAGCUGCGAUGCCCUCGGACUUCAUCUCAUUGCUCAGCGCGGACCUAGACCUGGAGUCGCCCAAGUCCCUGUACUCGCGAGAUUCUCUGAAGUUACACCCAUCACAGAAUUUUCAUAGAGCUGGACUAUUGGAAGAAUCUGUCUAUGAUCUUCUUCCAAAGGAGUUACAGUUACCUCCAUCUAGAGAAACAUCUGUAGCAUCAAUGAGUCAGACAAGCGGUGGUGAGGCAGGCUCGCCUCCUCCAGCUGUAGUUGCUGCUGAUGCUUCUUCAGCUCCCUCCUCUUCCUCCAUGGGCGGUGCUUGCAGCUCCUUUACCACCUCUUCCAGCCCUACCAUUUAUUCUACCUCAGUCACCGACAGCAAGGCUAUGCAAGUGGAGAGCUGCUCCUCAGCCUUGGGGGUAAGUAACAGAGGGGUAAGUGAAAAGCAGUUAACCAGUAACACAGUUCAGCAGCAUCCAUCAACACCGAAGAGGCACACAGUCUUGUACAUCUCACCACCACCUGAGGACUUGCUGGAUAACAGUCGGAUGUCCUGCCAGGAUGAGGGGUGUGGAUUGGAAUCUGAGCAGAGCUGCAGUAUGUGGAUGGAGGAUUCCCCCUCCAACUUCAGUAACAUGAGCACCAGUUCCUACAAUGAUAACACUGAGGUACCUCGUAAAUCACGAAAACGAAAUCCAAAGCAGAGGCCGGGGGUCAAACGACGAGAUUGUGAAGAAUCUAAUAUGGAUAUAUUUGAUGCCGACAGUGCCAAAGCACCUCACUAUGUGCUUUCUCAGCUUACCACGGACAACAAAGGCAACUCAAAAGCAGGAAAUGGAACAUUGGAAAACCAAAAAGGAACUGGAGUAAAGAAGAGCCCUAUGUUGUGUGGACAGUAUCCUGUUAAAAGUGAGGGAAAGGAGCUGAAGAUAGUAGUACAACCUGAGACCCAGCACCGAGCUCGGUACCUGACUGAGGGUAGCCGUGGCUCAGUAAAGGAUAGAACACAGCAAGGCUUUCCUACAGUAAAGCUGGAAGGCCAUAAUGAGCCAGUAGUGUUGCAGGUGUUUGUGGGCAAUGACUCUGGUCGAGUGAAACCACAUGGAUUUUAUCAGGCCUGCAGGGUAACUGGACGAAAUACAACUCCCUGCAAAGAAGUGGACAUUGAAGGCACUACCGUUAUAGAAGUUGGCCUUGAUCCGAGCAACAACAUGACACUAGCGGUGGACUGCGUAGGGAUAUUGAAAUUGAGGAAUGCUGAUGUGGAAGCCAGAAUAGGAAUUGCUGGUUCCAAGAAAAAAAGCACUCGUGCCAGAUUGGUUUUUCGAGUUAAUAUCACAAGGAAAGAUGGCUCCACUUUGACACUGCAAACACCCUCUUCUCCAAUUUUAUGUACUCAGCCAGCAGGAGUGCCAGAAAUCUUAAAGAAAAGCUUGCAUAGCUGUUCAGUGAAAGGAGAGGAAGAAGUAUUUUUAAUCGGCAAGAACUUUCUGAAAGGAACUAAAGUUAUUUUCCAAGAGAAUGUUUCUGAUGAAAACUCUUGGAAGUCAGAAGCUGAAAUCGACAUGGAAUUAUUUCAUCAGAAUCAUCUUAUUGUGAAGGUUCCCCCGUAUCAUGACCAACAUAUAACUUUGCCAGUAUCAGUGGGAAUAUAUGUAGUGACCAAUGCUGGAAGAUCUCAUGAUGUUCAGCCUUUCACUUACACUCCAGACCCAGCAGCAGCUAGUGCUUUGAAUGUAAAUGUGAAGAAGGAAAUAUCUAGUCCGGCAAGACCUUGCUCUUUUGAAGAGGCUAUGAAAGCGAUGAAAACUACUGGAUGUAACUUAGAUAAGGUAAAUAUUCUUCCUAAUGCUCUGAUCACUCCACUCAUAUCAAGCAGUAUGAUUAAGAGUGAAGAUGUUACUCCAAUGGAAGUAACAGCAGAAAAAAGAUCUUCUCCUAUUUUUAAGACUACAAAGACAGUUGGAUCAACUCAACAAACAUUAGAAAAUAUCUCUAACAUAGCAGGAAAUGGGUCUUUUUCAUCAUCAUCUUCUUCCCAUUUACCUUCUGAAAAUGAAACGCAACAGCAGAUUCAGCCCAAGGCAUACAACCCAGAGACCCUGACAACUAUCCAAACACAGGACAUUUCACAGCCUGGUACCUUUCCAGCAGUUUCUGCUUCUAGUCAGCUGCCCAACAGUGAUGCACUACUGCAGCAGGCUACACAGUUUCAGACAAGAGAAGCUCAAUCUAGAGAGGUAUUACAGUCAGAUGGUACAGUGGUUAAUUUGUCACACCUGACUGAGGCAUCACAGCAACAGCAGCAGUCACCACUACAAGAACAAGCGCAGACUUUACAGCAGCAGAUCUCAUCAAAUAUUUUUCCAUCACCAAAUAGUGUGAGUCAGCUGCAGAGUACAAUUCAGCAGUUGCAAGCAGGAAGUUUUACAGGCAGUACUGCUAGUGGCAGCAGUGGAAAUGUUGAUUUGGUCCAACAAGUUUUAGAGGCACAACAACAGUUAUCUUCAGUUUUGUUUUCUGCUCCAGAUGGUAAUGAGAAUGUUCAAGAACGGCUUAGUGCAGACAUUUUUCAACAAGUCAGUCAAAUUCAAAAUAGCGUAAGCCCUGGAAUGUUUUCCUCAACAGAACCAGCAGUCCAUACCAGACCAGAUAAUUUAAUAGCUGGAAGAGCUGAAAGUGUUCACCCACAGACUGAAAACACGUUAUCUAAUCAACAACAACAGCAGCAGCAACAGCAAGUGAUGGAAUCAUCAGCUGCAAUGGUGAUGGAGAUGCAACAGAGUAUCUGUCAGGCAGCUGCCCAGAUUCAGUCAGAGUUAUUUCCUUCAACUGCUUCAGCAAAUGGAAACCUUCAGCAAUCUCCAGUUUACCAGCAGACUUCUCAUAUGAUGAGUGCAUUAUCUACCAAUGAGGACAUGCAAAUGCAAUGUGAAUUGUUUUCUUCUCCUCCUGCAGUUUCUGGAAAUGAAACUACUACAACCACCACACAGCAGGUUGCAAACCCUGGCACUACCAUGUUUCAGACAUCAGGUUCAGGAGAUGGAGAAGAAACUGGAGCACAAGCAAAACAGAUUCAGAACAGUGUCUUUCAGACCAUGGUCCAAAUGCAACAUAGUGGAGACAAUCAACCUCAAGUUAACCUUUUUUCAUCUACAAAGAGUAUGAUGAGUGUUCAGAAUAGUGGUAGCCAGCAACAAGGUAAUGGUUUAUUCCAGCAAAGUAAUGAGAUGAUGUCACUCCAAUCUGGGAAUUUUUUGCAGCAAUCUUCUCAUUCACAGACUCAGCUUUUUCAUCCUCAAAAUCCUAUUGCUGAUGCUCAGAACCUUUCCCAGGAAACUCAAGGUUCUAUUUUUCAUAAUCCAAGUCCUAUUGUUCAUAGUCAGACUUCUACAACUUCCUCUGAACAAAUGCAGCCUCCAAUGUUUCACUCUCAAAGUACCAUGGCUGUGCUACAGGGCUCUACUGUUCCUCAAGACCAGCAGUCAGCCAACAUAUUUCUUUCUCAGAGUCCAAUGAAUAAUCUUCAAACUAACACAGUAGCCCAAGAAGAACAGAUUUCAUUUUUUGCAGCUCAGAACUCAAUUUCUCCACUUCAGUCAACGUCAAACACUGAACAGCAAGCUGCAUUCCAACAGCAGUCUCCAAUAUCACACAUCCAGACCCCUAUGCUUUCCCAAGAACAGGCACAACCCUCCCAGCAAGGUCUUUUUCAGCCUCAGGUGUCCCUGGGCUCGCUUCCUCCUAAUCCAAUGCCUCAAAACCAACAAGGAACAAUAUUCCAGUCACAGCACUCAAUAGUUGCCAUCCAGAGUAACUCUCCGUCCCAGGAGCAGCAGCAACAGCAGCAGCAACAGCAGCAGCAACAACAGCAGCAACAGCAGAGCAUUUUAUUCAGUAAUCAGAAUACCAUGGCUACAAUGGCAUCUCAAAAGCAACCACCGCCAAAUAUGAUAUUCAAUCCAAGUCAAAAUCCAAUGGCUAAUCAGGAGCAACAGAACCAGUCAAUUUUUCACCAACAAAAUAAUAUGGCCCCAAUGAAUCAAGAGCAGCAGCCCAUGCAAUUUCAGAACCAGCCCACAGUUUCCUCACUUCAGAACCCAGGUCCUACCCAAUCUGAAUCAUCACAGACCUCCUUAUUCCAUAGCUCUCCUCAGAUUCAGUUGGUUCAAGGGUCACCCAGUUCUCAAGAGCAGCAAGUAACGCUCUUCCUCUCUCCAGCAUCCAUGUCUGCAUUGCAGACCAGUAUAAACCAACAAGACAUGCAACAGUCUCCUCUUUAUUCCCCUCAGAACAAUAUGCCUGGAAUCCAAGGAGCCACAUCUUCCCCUCAACCACAGGCUACUUUAUUUCACAACACUACAGGAGGCACAAUGAACCAAUUACAGAAUUCUCCUGGCUCAUCUCAACAGACUUCAGGAAUGUUCUUAUUUGGCAUUCAAAAUAACUGUAGUCAGCUUUUAACUUCUGGACCAGCUACAUUGCCAGAUCAGUUGAUGGCCAUAAGUCAGCCAGGCCAACCACAAAAUGAGGGCCAGCCACCUGUGACAACACUUCUUUCUCAGCAAAUGCCAGAGAAUUCUCCACUGGCAUCCUCUAUAAACACCAACCAGAACAUUGAAAAGAUGGAUUUGCUUGUUUCGUUGCAAAACCAAGGGAACAACUUGACUGGCUCCUUUUAACUGGAUAUAAAUUCCAUGAAGAAAAUCCUGAUUCCAAGAUAUCCUGAGAUCUUGUGAUUUCAUGAGGAUUAUUGAACUGUUACUUUAAAAACAAAACAAAAUAUGAACAACUGUGAUUGAGUAAAUGGACAGAUUUUACUCUGACUGCAAAAGAGCACACCUAUGCUGCCUGUUGCAGUGAUUAGCCACCAUGAUUAACAUCUUCAUAUUUUAUAUUCCUAAUAACAGUGAUGACUGAGAAUCUAUUUGAGUUUCCAGCUGACAGAAUUAAUUGUUGCUAUUUUCCUAGGCACUAUUUCUUUAAAAGUUCAGUUUAAAUUCAAAAGCUGGACCGCUCAGUUAUUAUUGCUAUUAGGAAAUAAUUCGUAUUGUCAUGUUUACUUUUGUUCUUCACUAUUUUCUUUCCUGCGUUGGUCUAGUCAAGUAAGGCUUUUGAAAAAGGAAAGUUCAAAUAAUAACUAAGGCUGUGAUUUUUCAAUAUAAAAAGCACAGCUGUUGGCCAAAGAGAGGGAAUAUUUUUUUCAGUUUUUAUGGAGAAACUGAAGGGGUAACAUUCUGACAAGUAAGCUGUAUGAAGAGCUCUACACAGAUAAGAGGCCUCUUUGUUUAUCACAAAGGCAGACAACACACAAACUGGGAACAGCUGGAAUGCUAUGUUUUUAUUUUUCAGAGUUGUUGGUUCUCUGUAUCUCUGUUAAGGGGUUUAGCCAUAACUGUGCAUAGAAAAAUAGUUAUCUUGCUCUAUAAAAAAUGAAGGGGAUAAUAUGUGGUAAAUUAUGUUCUGAUAUUCUCCUACAAUAGUUUAAACUGACAGUAAUUUGAGUCUGUUUUAUUCUUAACCCAAUCUUGGGCCAGUGUUCCCUUUUUAUAUUCAUCUAUAUUGUUCUUCCCCUCCUUUUCACUUUAUUUUAGACAAUUAGUAAUAUACUACUAGCUUUGUGACCCUGUAGCAACUUAAAGAAAAAGGCCACUUUGAUCUGGGGUGGUAACCCAGCAACUCCUGCAGCACAGGUGGGGACGGAGAGGGGAGGGAGUGCCCUUUCAGGAAUGAGGGGAGCUGAUUCCUGAGAAACAAGAAGCAAUGCAUUUUUUUCCACGAACGGUGCUGUUCUGAAGUCUUCAAAUUUUUCCCUCUACUAAGAAACAGUGUAAAUUUUAAGUUAAAAAAAAAAAGUCAAAGUAAAAUUUCUUGAAACAGCACUUCUCCCUGAGCUGCAGUGAGUGUAAUUCACUUGUCACCUCAGUGCUUUACAGUUUGAAGUGGUCACUUAUCUGAUGGUUCCCACAAGCCUUAGGCUUUACAGGGUCAUAUCAUUGACUUAAAAUGAAGAGUUAACUUGUGUUACAUCUAUAGAGAGCAAAAUAACACACUCCAGAACUUGCAGUUGUAGCAUUAGUUACAAAGUUUUGGGUGUUCUUGCCACCCAUGGGAUGCCUGCUUCUCACUACAACCUGUUGUCUGGACACAUGCUUAUGUCUUGUUUUCCUUUUGGCAUGUAGAAAGCUGUCAAUACAGUUUAAGGCCAAAUUGUGUGUGGCUUCUAUAUGUAGAUAAGAAGUUUUGGUAUUCUUGUCCAUUUCAUUUAUUUUGUAAGUGUACAAAAAAUAGCCUGUUAAUUGUCUGUUGAAGGCUACUUUUCUGUUUGUUUUUUUAUUUUUAUUUUUCUAUCCUAUAUAUUUAGUUGAACUUUGUGGAAUUGUGGUAUUGGUUUUGUUUAUACAGCCAGAUUUUUCCCCCUUUUUUGUGAUGGUCUUCCUUGGUUCUUUGAAUGUGUUCUCCUUUUAAUUUGUUUUUUCUCUUUGUUCUCAUCUAUUCUUCCCUCCACUCCCAGCCCUUUCUUUCUCUCUCUGAUUGAGAGGCAUUGAAUUACGUUUUCAGUAGUACAGGCUUCUUGCCGAUAUGAAGGGAACUUUUCAGAAAGAGACCUACUCUGGGUCAUUUAAUUUUGAAUACAGUUUUCAAUCGUUCAAGUUUUGGAUGGUUUAUAUCUAAUGUGUGUUUCAUUUUUUUGGAAAGCUAUAUUUUGUAUUUAGGAAAUGGUAUACUAUUUUGCUAUUUGUACUGAGUGAGUACAUUGGCAUAAAUAUAGAAAUUUAUAUAUAUACAUAUAUAUAAACUAUUCUUUUUUUGCCACACGUUUUUGUGGUAAAUUUGUGAGUUUGUCUGAUGUUCUACCACAACGUGGCGUCUGAUAACAGUGAGGGGGGGUUUGUUAUGUCUUUAUUGAGUAUUUAAGUAUCUUUUGAAACAAAUGACCUGUUCAUCUGUGGCCAUUCCAUCAGGCAGUUCCUUGAUGUUAUUAGUGAGCUAAAGGCAGCUUACUGUGUGUUUGCUGGAUCUUUCACUCAGCAAAAUCUUAGAGUAAGGAAACCCAUCUAGGCGAUUGUGUCAAAUGGUGUUUCACAAGAAUGAGCCGUUCAGUCUUUGCUCACUAUAUAUUUAAUAUUUUAUUAUAGUUGUUAUUGUUAUUAUUAAUUGGCUUUCUGUAUUCUAUGCCUUUUAUUUAUAAAGACACUAAAAAAAAACCUGUUUGUAAUUUUAAUGUUUUCCCCAUCUUGUAAUAUCCAGAGCUACUUUAUAAAUUCUCUGAACCAAAAGCAUUUUUCUCAGUAUAUCUCUUCUCUCCCCACCCCUGUCAGGAAAAAUUGCCUAGUAGAGUUCAGGUUAUGAGAAGGACCAACCACACAAUUCAGUGCUUCGGUUUUAAAAUGUAAAAAUCUAACUACAGAGGGUCGACUAAUGUCAGAAGCUUACCCAGCAGGUAUAAAAAUAAAAAGUAGGAAUAAAAUACUGUAAGUUUAUUUCUGAGUUUUCUGAAUUUUUUUCUAAGAGAUUACACAGAAGACUCAGAAAGUCUCUUUGUUCACCAAGUUCCAGUUAGAAUGUUUGUUUAACACUGCUCUAUGGAUGAAGUGGGGGCAAGAAGACUGGCUUGUGUGCUGGCUUCUGUUCUGUUGUUUAGCAAGAGGUUUAUCAUUUUAAAAAUGCUGAUUGCCGAUGCCAAGUCAUCAGGGACCAAUUUUCUGUUUUAUAAUAUCUAAAUUUAGAACAGAACGUACACCUGAACUGUAGUGGUUGGAUUGGAUGGAGGCAGAAAACCCGAUUUUUAUUUUCAAAAAUUUUGUGGUUAUUUAUACAAGGGCUGUGCUAUGCUACCACAUUCUUAUUCAAUAAUGAUGGAUUUUUUUUUAACAUUGUUAAAUGCUCCUUACCCCUAAAGAUCAAUGUUAAGUACAGCAUUCUGAUUAUACAGUUUGGUUACAAAAAGUAUUUGUCUUCUUAUUGAAGAGUUAGCUCAGUGGUCAGUGGUUGAUACUUGUGCUAAUAAUGUGGUUUCCAGAUUACUGUUACAAGUUAUAGCUACAUAUAGCAGAGAAUCUGUGAGCCAGCAAAGGCCUUGGAAACAACAAUUUAUUAAAUUUAUAUAUGGCAGAAGGACCUAAAUAAACUAUGAACCACAUUUUAUUCCUUUAUAUUCUUACCUUCAAUUGUUCUUGCUUUUAGCAACUCAUAUUAAUGCUUGGAGCUUAUCUUUGUGUCUGUGUGAGUGUGUGUAUGUGUGUUUUAUUCCUUAGUCAUUCCAUUAUAUAUCCACACCAAUAUGGGAGAAGAUAAUUAGAAGUCAUAUUUUGCUUCUGAGCUUUAUCAUGUUAUCUUUGUAAUUAGAGAAUCACGUUGUUAUUUAGCCAGUGCAAAUCUGUUUUCGCCAGUCUCUCUAGAACAGGUUUUUAAAGGGCUUUGUUUAUUACAGAAGCAGUAUUAAUGAGGGACCGGCCUGCCUGCCUGUCUUGUUUUUUUUUUGUAAUAUUGUAUAUGCUGUAGUUGGGAAUUUAUCAUAGUGCAUUUGUUGCCCAUCAGAACCUCUGUUAAUCUGCCUAGGAAAAAUAGUGUCAAAGGAAAUGAGAAAGCAGUUAAGUGAGUCCCUCUAGAACUAAGAUCUAAGGUAAUUCCUUUUGACCAUUUAGGCCAUUGUAGCCACAUGUUUUGGAAAAGUGAUAUCUGUUUAGAUGCAUCAACAAUUAAAGACCAGAAUUAAAUGCUUUAAUAAUCAAAAUCUCUAACUCAAUAUGGUUUAUAAAUAUUCUCUAGAGUAAUUUGAGAAUUUUUCAUCUUUCUGGUGAAAAUUUCUGUUCUAAUGUCUGUUUCCUAGUUGAUUUUUUUUUCUACUUGACUGAAAAUUAUAUGAGACCUAUUAGCUUUACUCUGCUUCAUGAUCACAGGCUUCCUCCCUAACCAAGACAGCCGUGUUAGAUCUGUAUGCCUUUGGUUAUAUGGAGGGGCUUAAUGAAAGAGAGAGACUGUAGAGUUCAGCAGCUUUAUUAGAAAAAUAACUCAGAGUAUAUACCCUAGUAAGUGGGUGAGUAGAAUCUUGUAACAUGUAUUAAAAAGAAGUUUUCUCCACUGCUUAUUUGUGUCACUAGAACUAAAUCAUAGAGAUAAUGUUCAUAAUAUAGUAAAUAUCAGAAUAAUACCUACAAUAUAAAUUGUGAAUUGUCCCAGUGCUCUAAUUACUUCAUAAAUCCCCAUUUAUUUUCAUGCCAUUCUAGGCUCAUUUAUUAAUAAAAUUCUGUUUUUACUCCACUUUUUCUUUCAGGAAAAAUUUUUAAAUUAGUAUUGUAUAUCUAGAUUAAAUGCUUAUGGAAAAGUGCCUUUUUACCAUGAUAGUGCCCCCUUCUUGUAAUUUCAUUUUUCACUAUUGCCAAAAACACAUAAACGUUAUUUUAAUAGGUCCCAAUUUUCAAUUUUUCCAUUUAGUCAUUCUUUUCUCCAUUUUUUUUUUUUUUUUUUAUGAGGGAGGACUAGUCCUGAGCUAACAUGUGAUGCCAAUCCUCCCCUUUUUUGCCUUGAGGGAGAUUGGCCCUGGGCUAACAUCCUUGCCCAUCUUGCUCUACUUUAUAUGGGACGCUGCCCCAGUAUGGCUUUACAGGCGGUGUGUCAGUGCGCGCCUGGGAUCCGAAGCUGCGAACCCCGGGCUGCUAAAGCGGAGCGCAUGCACUUAACCGCUGCACCACCAGGCUGGCCCCUCUUUUUUCCAUUUCUUGAUCACCAUAGAAAACAACUUUAUAAGUUUCUAACUCCCUUUGGCAUAAGAGUAAGAGAAAAGAUGCAUUACUAGACUUGUUCCUUCGAGAGAGGGUAAGUAAAACAUUACAGAAUUAAUAUUAUUUAGGCUUUUUAUAAAUUAACUAAAUUUGUCUUCAUCUCGACCAACUAACAAUAGUCUUGUCUGAAAGCUAAUGAAAAUUUUACUAUCUGACUCCAUGCACAAAAAUAUGUGUAGUUCAAUUUCAGGAAAGAAGUGUUUAAAGCAUCUUCUAUGAUCUUAAUUAGAUGGUGAAAAUAAAUCUCUAACACAUAGUUUAGGUAAACCCUGGUAAUGUCAGUUUUUCUAACUCUACAGGGCCAAGUAAUUCAUACAGUGCACUUCUUGCCCAUCAGAAUCUCAGUAAUCUGCCUAUGAAAAAUAGUGUGAAAGUAAGUGAAGAAGUGAUAUCUGCGUCCCUCCAGAACUGAGAUAGUAGUUCUUUUCAACCAGAUACAGUUGAAUGGAGUGUCCCUCAGGUUUUUGUUGAUUUUGCCUAUGUUCCAGCUCCUUACCACAGUUGGGGGUGUGUAAAGAAAGGGCCAUCAGCAAUAGGUCAGGAUAGUAGGAGCUUUUAUACAGAGCUGCUUUCCCCGUGUGAGUAUUUCCGUGACUGUUAGUGGCACUGAAGACUGCAAACCUUUAUGCAAUAUUCUCAAUACUCUAUUGAUAUUAUGCACUUUAAUCAUUCCAAAGAAGUCAAGAAUGCUGUUGAGUGAUGAUUCCUUCUUGAUGAAUACAUCUUAACCAUUUAGAAUAUUUAUGUCCCUUUUUAUUUUGGAUAGCCAGCUUGGUAUAAGUGUUAUGAGGAUAUUUUCUAAAAUGAUUGUAUAGUAGGACUUAGGACUUUGAAAUGUAAUUGACUAUAAGGGGAAAUGAUUACACUUCAGCAAAUCAUUUUAGAAGCAUUAAAAUGUUCAGCUUGCUAAUCUGUAUGUUUGAGAGUUAAUUAAAACCAGCCCUCUUCCUAUGUGUUUUGUGUCAUGUACAUAAGAACAUUAUAGUAUAUAGUUUUCUACAUAUAGUAUAUAUAAACCAGUGGUUCUCAAAGUACAGUCCUCAGCUCACCAGCCAAUAUCAGUAUCACCUGGAAACUAUUUAGAAAUGCAAAUUUUGGGGCCCUAUCCUAGACAUACUGAAUCAGAAACUCUGGAGUGGGGGCCCAGCAAUCUGUGUUUUAACAAGCCCUCCAGGUGAUUCUGAUGCACGCUAAAGUGUGAGAGCCACUGUGUAAACUAUAUACAGUAAGAUCUAGAAAGUUUUUUCUUUUUCACUCAUACAGAUACAGUUACACAUUGUUCUUUAUGUAAGUUCAGCUUAAUCUCUUUAUCCAUAAUCAUUUAUUGGCAAUGAUUAUUUAUUCUCAGUACUGCCUAUAGAAGUACAGUAUAUUUUAUGUACAUAUACAGUUAGUCUAGUUAUUGAUAAUUCAGUUAACUUAGUCUGGCAUUUUCCUACCACUUACUAAAACGUUUACAUUAAAUGACUGAUUUAAAUAUAUAGGUGCGAUGUUUUAUAUUUCUUUUAAUUAUGACAUUUAAGUAGCUAACAUAAUUGACGGGUGCUAAAGUCUUCUGUUUAUCCAUAAAAUGGGUACAUUGUGGGCAGUGAUAAUACAAGCUUUCUUUUCAUUGCCUCUUACGUUACCAGCAGACCACAAUUUUGGUCUGGCUAGACCAACUCUUAGAACAAAAUUAUUUAUCAUUCCUUGUAUUUAUAUUUGUAUCUGAGAUAUUAGACAAGAUGGCUGGCCAGACCAAAAAAGCACCUUAAUUUAUUUCUUUUUUUUAAUAGAUAAAUUUCUUUAAAAGUAGCUUGCUUUGUAUGAGAACUGAUGCAGUAGAGAUAUAGCUAUGCUUGGAACUUAUGCUUCAGACAAGAGUUAUUUACUAAAAUAAAUAUUAAGACAAUGCAUAUAUAAUUUGGGUAUUUCUCCCUUCUUAAUUGUAUGCAUCAUGGUAAAUAUAAACUAACCACAAGAGAAGUAGAUUUAUUCAUUCAUUUUAAUCUUCCUGUGUAAUACAAUACCUCCAUAAUUGUUCUGAUCUUCCUCCCACUGUUUACUAAUCACCAAUUAACUCAUGAAAGAAAAAUGAACAUUUCAAAAUAAAAAUAAUAAUUUUAUGCUCACUUUAUAAAAAUCACCCACUGCUGUCUUCACUUAAUGCUAGCAGUGGAAAUGUAAGUGGCUUACUCUACAAACUUUGGUGCUGGCGACUACAUAGGCAAACUGUUGGGAGAUGUUCUAGCUACAUUCCUCCUUUCUUGUUCCCCUUCCCCUCUUCCCCACUUUAUUGGAUAAUAUAUUUCUGUACCCAAAGCAUUCUACCACAAUUCUAUUUGACUCCAACUUGUAAUAUUUCCUUUAAAAGCCCCAUAUUUAACCAUAUCACCCCUGCUGUCUUUUUUUUUUUUUUCCUCAGAAGUAAUUUGCCUGGUUUGAGAUAGUUGUAGGGAUUGCUUAUUAUUAUUAUUUUAGCUAAUGAACCUCAGGACAACACACACACAGACACACCCACACCCACACCCACACCCCAACUCAGAUGUUUGAGUGUGGGUUUGUAGUCAGACUAAUGUGUCCAAGAAAAAACUGUCCUGCACUGAAGUGUUUAUGACUCUAAUAGCUACAAACUGAUUCCAAUGACACUGAGCUAAUUUCUUUUGAUCUAAUGAAUGUAUGUGUCCACCUUGUUCUCUUGCUUCUAGUUGAUAAGCUCCAAAUAGUUGCUGCUUUUUUUGACAGCUUUUACUGAGUGUCAUUCACUUCUUUUACUUAAUCUUUUAAUAAAUAUACUACAAAUAUUUCAUUAACCUAUUCUCAAAUGGUUUAGCUACCAUUCUGCCAUUUAAAUUUUUUUAUUUAAUUUUUUUUGCUUGAGCACACUGAUCAACCACUGAACUGCCUUCUUCCAUUGUCCUGCAAUGAUAUAAAGGUUACAUUUUUGUGUAUAUGGCUUUCAUAGUUGGGAUUUCAGAGCACUGACACCAGAUGUUUUCAGUUUGUUCUCCGGGGGAAUUUCAUUUGCAUCUAUGUUUUUAGCUAUCUGUGAUAACUUGUUAAAUAUUAAAAAGAUAUUUUGCUUCUAUUGGAACAUUUGUAUACUCGCAACUAUAUUUCUGUAAACAGCUGCAGUCAAAAAUAAAACAUUGAAAGUUUUCA